AUGGUGCUGGCGGGCCUCAGCUUGCGCGUGGCGCCCGCACCCCGUGCUGCACUGAUGGGGGCCGCAACGGCAUGGAACGGGGGUGUGGGAGGGGCAGUGAUGCAAAGGAGGGAGAGAGAUCAGGAGAGGGAGGGAGGAAGCGAGGCCGGGAGAGACGGGGAGGGCGGCGACGAGUGGUCGCUAGGUAGCGACGAGCGCUUCCUUGUGUACGCGUCGCACAGCGGCUUCAACAAUCAGGUGUUGGGCUUCACGCGCGCGCUGCACAUGGCGGCGCUGCUGAACCGCACGCUCGUCAUCCCGCCCAAGCUGCCACACAAGUCGGGCUCGGGCGGCAACCUGGACCCGGCCACAUUCCGCGACUCCGCGUGGGCCGUGUACUCGCGCCACCUGCUGCGCGCCGACUACGUGUCGAUGGCGGACGUGCUGCGAGUGGCGGCCAUACCGCCCACCGUGGUGCGCACCAUCGACCUGCGCCACCUCGUUGCUCGCCUCUGCGCCUGCGACGUGGCCGUGCCGUGCUGGACGGCCUCGUGCCACGGGCUCACACGCAACACCACGUCCUCGCACCAGGUACUCACGCCUGCCUCGCUGCGCCUCGCCCACCCGCUACAAGCACGUGCGCUACAAGCACGUGCGCUACAGCGCUCACCACGCUGCUUGUGCGGCUGGCUUGCGCGGGCGCAGCAGCAUGAGCAUGCGGUCAACGGGUGUCAGCUGCUGCCGUAUGCUCACAGCAGGCGCGCGCGCCUCACCACCUGUCUGCAUGCUGCUUGCCCGUGCGUCCCAUCCUGCCAGGCGCGUGUGCGCUGCCUGCAGCAGUGCGGGGCAAGGCUGGGCGCGGCGCCCCUGGCGCGCGCGGGGCCGUGGGGCGCGCUGGACGCGGUGUGGGGCGCCGUGCAUGGGGCAUGGGGCGCAGAGACGGACGUGGCAGCCGCGUGGGAGGCGCAAGGCCUGCUGUACCGUGUCCCCCACAUGUGUAAUGAGACCUUGUGGACAAUCGGCAACUAUUCCAGCCUGCGUGCGUUGCGUGCGAUGGUGGGAGACAGGGCGCAGUGGCCGAUAAAGCGGUGCAUGAACACGGACGUCAACGAGUAUCUGCCCAAGCCCACGCCGCUGCACAGCCUGCUCAUGCCGCACACUGCCAAGGUCACUGCUGCCACUGCCGCUCCCCCUUUGAUCCGCCAUGUGAUGGCGUUCGCCUCCAUGUUCCGCACACCCAUCGCUGAUAUUCGCCUCGACUUUGGCCCUCGCGUCAACCAAAUACGACAGGCCGCCCUGCCUUUCUUCUCGCAGCUUAUACUGGACGCAGCUGCCGCGUUUGUGAGGGAGCACUUGCCGCGGGCGUAUGCAUGUGUGCACGUGCGGGGCAUUGAGCCGCCGUACAGCACAAAACUGAACGCCACACUGCGGUAUGCGGGGAGGAAAGCAUCAUCGUGUGCACAUCCCAUAGCAGAGGCAGCCGUUGCUGCCAUGGUGCGGCGGCAUGGCAGCGGGGCAGGGGGGCGGGUGCCUGUGUUCCUGAUGACGGACCUGGACCGUCCCACCUGGCACGCACUGCUGCUGCCGCGCGUCACUGCACUGGGAGUGCGCGUGGUGACUCUGGAUGCCACACCAUUCGCAGCGCGCAUGCAUGAUCUCUCGCGCGCCCUGCGCCAACAAGGGGCCGGCAUCAGAGCCAACCGCCUUGCACCUCCCCCACAGGGCAUGGGCGCGGCACAUCAGUACGCACGGCGUAGUGCUGCCCCGUGCACAGCAGGGGGUACCACGAUUAGAAUGUGUGCACAGCAGGGGGGCAGCAUGAGUGCGUGCACAACAGGGGGGCAGCAUGAGUGCGUGCACAGCAGGGGAGCAGCAUGA